GCUUAGUCGAAACCACGAGGUUAACUUCUUGAAUUUAAAGACGAUAACAAACGGAUAACCAUUAAACCUUUAAGAAGAUUCAUUGAACUAAAACAGUUUCCCGGAUUAGUAGUAGUAACAAGAGGAUCUACUUUGCUAUCUGGUCCAUCUUAAAUCACGCACUCCCACGAUCAUGAACCGUACCAACUUCUAGACUUUGUCAACCUCGAUGCUUCAAUUUCCCAUAAACAACGGUCGACCUUUUUGAAUACAACUCUCACGUGCACAUGAAAUCGAAGUUUACGGCGCACAUUCUUCUAGAAACAAAUAAAAUACGCACAAGUCAGAGUUUACGUAGCUCUUGAUAAAUUAAAAGUACACUAACGCGAGGAAAAUAUAAAAUAAUACGGAGAAAAGAGACGGUAUCGCAUUGCGCACGAGUGUUUUUUUUUUGUUACGCGUGACAAGCGAGUCAGGGACCGAGUACACCGGCCACGGUCACCGUCAAACGAUACCUAACAAGUGGGUUCUAUGUUGAGUGUUGGUUUAUAUCACGACCGUCCAUUGAGUUUCUUUUGUUGACCGAUCUUCUUCAUUAUGAAUUGUGUGUAGUGUGAACGAGAAGCUAGGUUUUAUUAAUAUCACGCGUUUGAGAAGUGAAAUGAAAUUGAAAUAUCUUUGAAAAUUUUACAUGAAAAACAUCUGUAAAUUUAACAAUAUAAUAAAUUAAGAAGAAAAAAUUGACAUUUCAAAAUAUGUAUACUUUUCAUACAAUAAUAUACUUUUUAUUAAAGAUGAUCAAGUAAAGUAAAAAGAUUAGAUAUCACAAUAAAUAAAAAUUAACUAUAAUAAUUGAUGAAAGCUAAGUUGUUUAUUGACAAAGUAUAGUUGACAAACAAAAAAGACAGUAUAUUUCUUUUCUAUCCAAACAUUUUUGACAGUAUCAGAAUAAUGAAUGAUACACAAUGUUCAGAUUAUAUCAGAAUAAUUAACAAUCAUUUUCUUCAGUUUGACUGAAAAAAACCAUCGUUCUUAAUUAUAUCGUGUUAAAUUAUUAAAUAACCAAUCAUUUUAGUUUAUUGACGUAAAAAGAAAAUUAUAAGUGGGUCCUUUACACGUCAAAGCUAUGUGUGUUUCUGCGAAAGCCUUGUCAGUAUAGCGAAACGUUAAUGAACUUUCUUUGGUUAUACCGACGUUGAAGCACACGAGGCAACACCACACAAACUUAGGCACGCACGUGCACGUUCGUGUGUGUAUAUAUAUUACCUAACAUAUAGACCUCUCAAAGUGGUAAAGAGAAGACUAAGAAGAAGAAGAAGUAAAAAAAAAGAUGGAAUGCAGAAAACACAAGCACCAAGGCAAUAGAGGAGUAUGCCCUUCUUGUUUAAGGGACAAACUCUCUCGCUUACCAAAUACAACGACGUCGUACUACGUAAUCAACCGAUCUACUUCCUCAUCCAGCACCGUUUCCUCUUCUCCCUCGUCGCCGGUUAAGGAACUCCACCGACGAGCUGGCUCCAUGUCGAUGUCGUUCGCUGUGAGGGAAGCGUUGAGUGGUCAACUGGUUGAAGGACUGAAGAAAAGCAGAUCUAUGGCUCAUGUUCCCAAAGAUUCUUAUAUCGUACGGUCAUCCAAGAAGACGACGGAGAAACUGAAACCCACCACGGUGAAGAAGACUGGAUUCUGGAAGAAGUUGCUCCAUCUCAAAGGGAAGGGCGGUGGUGCCGACGCCGGAGGGUUGGUUGCUUCACGGCAAAGAGCGUAUUAAAAAAGUAUUUUUAGAAUUUUCUUUUUGACGUGUACAGCUACAGAUUUGAAAUAACUAAAAAUAAUGUUAUAAACGUAAAAGAUACGUACCGCUAUGAAAGUUCCUGGCAUUUGACCAACCAAUCCGUGAUUUUCUAUGAAAUCUUGGAAGUAUUCAAUUUACAUU